GUUACCAGUGUGAGGAAACUGAGAUUUGAACGGGUGGGCUGUAGUGUGGAUAACACUACCGGUGCAGAUCUUUUCGGAUUAUUGAGAUCUGUUUCGAACGGACGUGUUGUGAAACGAAGUGGUUCUACAGAUCGAUACAACUUCGUCACUGUUUCAGAAAUUUUACAGUAUGACGCCAACAGAUGAUAAACUCCCCCACGAUAGCAGUCACACAGAAAAUCACUACAACUCUACAGAUACAGAGAUCAACGGCCACAACCGUAACAGUCUUAAUAACGUCAAUGGAAAGUUGUACAGCCCAGUCGAUCUAGAAGAAAAUAUUCCCCAGAUUACAACUGAAAUGGUAACAGAUGACAAACUCGAAUAUCAGAUCUAUGAAACGCCACCUAUAUUGGUGGGAAUCGCUGUUGCUUUUCAGCAUAUAUUAAUGAGCUUGGCAUCCAGUUUAUCGAUGGCGUUUAUAAUAGCCGAUGCACUAUGUGUACCAUAUGAUCAUCCUAUCAGAACCAAACUCUUCUGUUCAACUCUGUUUAUGUGUGGUUUUAGCAGCAUGCUACAAACAACCCUUGGAAUAAGAUUACCAAUAUAUCAGGGCCCAUCAGCAUCCUUCAUGGUUCCUAUUUUAGCUUUAGGAAGAGAUGAAAGUUGGGCAUGUCCUUCUGAUACUAGCACAGGAUUAGAUAAUAAUGUAACAUCUACAAUAUCAUCGAUGAUGAGUACUAAUACUACAGAAACAAGAAUAACACCAUUAUCAGUUGAUGAACGAUUGCAACAGUUAUCUGGAAGUUUAAUGUUAACAUCAUUCAUAGAAGUUCUGGUGGGAGGCCUGGGUCUUGUAGGACCACUGUUAAAAUAUAUCGGACCAAUAACAGUAGCCCCAACUAUAUCACUAAUUGGUUUAUCAUUAUUAAAAGUACCCAUUAUCUACUCUAGACCUCAAUGGGCCAUUGCAUUUUCUGGUUGUGUUUUGGUUUUAGUGUUUGCACUCUAUCUGUUUCACCUUCGACUACCCAUGCCUAGAAUCAGGUGCAGAAAACAGGAAAAACCCGAACCACGAUUUAGAUUCGCCAUUUUCAAAAUCUUACCGAUAUUAUUGAGUAUUAUUUUAAUGUGGAUCGUGUCGGCCAUUUUAACAGCUACGAAUGUUUUACCAGAUGAUCAUAGAUUAUUAUCAUAUAGAGCACGAACCGAUUCCAAGAUAAACAUCGUUGGUCUGACACCCUGGUUCUCAUUCCCAUAUCCAGGUCAGUUUGGUAUGCCGAGACUAAAUACAGCUGUAAUCGUUGGAUUUUCUGCUGCGACUAUCGCAUCUUUAAUAGAAUCUGUGGGAGAUUAUUUUGCAGCAGCUAAAGCAUGUCAGGUACCAUCUCCACCAGACCAUGCUGUUACUAGGGGUAUAUUAAUGGAAGGUCUGGCUAGUAUCAUGUCUGGUGCUCUAGGUGUUGGUCAUGCCACGACAUCUUUCAGUGGUAACAUAGCUGCUAUAAAGUUAUCUAAGACGGCCAGUCGUUCUAUAAUGGUAACUGCUGGUAUCAUACUGCUGGGAAUAUCAGUGUUCGGUAAAUUAGGGGCGUGUUUAGCCCUUAUUCCAGAUCCAGCUUUAGGAGGGACGCUGAUCAUACUUCUGGGUUUACUAGUAUCUUUGGGCUUGUCCAAUCUUCGUUAUGUCGACCUCAACUCGAACAGAAAUCUUAUAAUUAUUGGAACAGCAAUAGUUGUAGGCCUUAUGAUACCAGAGUGGAUUGACAGUCAUCCGGAUUUUAUCUCGACGGGUAAUAUUGAAGUUGAUCAGGUGUUAAAGGUGGGUCUGGGAACACCUAUGUUCCUGGGUGGAAUCAUUGCUUUAAUUCUAGAUAAUACUGUCAGAGGAACUCUAGAAGAACGAGGAAUGAUCGCUUGGAGAGACUCACAUUCUGGCGAUCCUACAGAUUUAUCUGCUAAGCCGGACGUAAACCUUUCUAUAGAUGUUGUUUACGACAUGCCCUUAUCAAAAUACCUCUAUAAAUGGUGGCCAGCUUUAAGUUGUAUUCCUUUUCUACCAGGGAACAGACACCACGAUCCACACGCCGAUAAUAUACACAUGCUUGAAAACACAGAGGUUCAUGGACAUGUUUCUGACGUGUAGAGAUUUACCCGUGUAUGGGUAUUAUUUGUAAAUUAACUCUGGGAUUCGUGGGUUGAUUUUUAUUUUUAUAGACUGGCACUAGAUGUGUAUAGACUGUAAAGCAAACAGAGAAAUAACUUAAUUGAGCUUGGAAUACAUCAGUAAAUCUGCGUUCUAAGCGAUACCAAACGUUAUUAGGUACCUUUCGCAUCGGUACGAAAACGAACAAUAGAGACUUUUGGCAAGUGGAAUUUUUCCCAUCUGUAUAACGUAUCUGUAUCGUCACCUGAUACGUUGCGUUAAUUUAUUUUAGAGUUUUGGCAGAUUUUCGCGCCGCGUACGUAUGGGUAGCUGAGCUGAGCGUAGUUCUAUUACAGCAUAAUGGCAGUUAUCUACCAAGAUCAACAUCAGUACUAGUCAAGUACCUAGCCUACAAAUUCCUGAAGGGAUUGAAGUCGUCUUUGCCAUAGUUAAAAUCACAUCAAAUAUACACCUUCGUGUUCUAGGAUACACACAUAUUCAUAAAAACGCUACGUCUAAAAGUAGCAAAACAUACGGUAAAAAAACGACGAUGUUAUACGGACCUUUUCCGUAUGAAAGCUGUUCGAUACGUGCUGCCGUAUCCGUGUGCCGUAUCACGUAUGAGAAAUACACACGCAUUGAUGACGUCACACGCAAAAUCGUUACGGAAACGCGAUGCGGACCAGGAAUUUACGUUUGCCAAAAGUCUCUAUUAUGUUCGUUUACGUGUUCGUUUUCUGUUUCGCAAUCCGUGGGUAAGACGCUGGCUCGUUAGCCUGGAGGUCGGGUGUUCGAUCCCUGCAUUGGCCGAGAAAGUUCAACCAGAUUUUCCGGCGUGGUUCUCCCUUGUCAGUGAUGCAGGACGGAGGGGCUGACAAGAACAGCUGUCUAGUCGUUCGGAUGGGACGAAAAACCGAGGUCCCGUGUACACAUUGGCGUGCACGUAAAAGAUCCCUUGACAGUUGGAAUUCGAUAUAAGAGUAGGCCGUAGUGCCGCUGUCCGGGCAAAAUUUCCCUCAUAGCACACUGUAUGGCGUAUGCCCGUCUUCAUUAGCCCAGUUCGGAGCAAAACAGUAGGACGUUAAACCCCAUUUCAUUUCAUUUCGUUUCGCAAUCCGACGUACGAUAAUAGCUAGAUGGCGUUAAUUUCACUUCAUGAACUUGUAAUGUAUUAUAAUCAAGCAGAAUAUUGUAUCUGAGCACAUUCUGCACACUCAACUAUAUAAACAAGGUCCUGGGAAAAUUGUUGAAAAUUCAUUUUCGUACCGAUGCGAAAGGUCCCUAAUAUUGUCUUUCCGUCAGUUUUAAGGGAUAGUUCCCACAUACAUACAUUAUAACAUCUGAAGACGAUCAAUUAAAGCGUCUAUACCAGAAAAACAUGUCGUCAUCAAUCAGCUUCGAAUCAUACCUAUUGUUAAAUAUACAUUUUAAUUUAAAAAUUAUAAUAAAAUGGUGAUUGUUCACCUCUCUUUAAUAUA